AUGGCAAAGCCCCGCCCCGGUGCCGUCCCCAUAACGGCCCGUCUCCCGCUGCCGAGGAAGGUUGCAAGACGCUCAGCAAGGGCCCUUUUUGCCGAUCUGGACGGGUGUCCAGAGGUGGCGGUUCGGACCGGCUUCAACAGAAGGGCGAUUGGGCCUUUUCCACUAGACCGCACCGAGGGCCUGGUCGUAGCGCUAGGCGCCUCCACUCCGGACCGAACCUGCCGGCUGAGCAUGCAAGACGCGUUACCGGAUGCCGGAGAUGACUUCGCCCCCGAGCUGCCAGCGAGGCUUCCACUCGCCGGGCGAAUCGUUGCGUAUCUGCUCCUCACGAUAGGCUUAGGCGCGAUCAUCGGCGCCGCUUAUGACGCGGCGUUCAAUGAUCGCCUAAGCUUCGACCUCGCUUCGAUCCUGUUUGCGGUUCCCGGUUGGCAGCUGCUGCAGGGAAAGAAAUCCGCUCCGGGCUGCGCUGGGAUGUUGAUUGCCUUUAGCCUGAUUGGGUCGUUCGUCGGGAUUGCGGUCGCCAUGGCGAUCCCGUUGCUGCCGCAAAACAGCAUUCGGGUGAACGGGACUUCGACAACCUCGUUGAUCCCAGUCGUUCUCGCAAUGGUCGUCUGGUCGAUCGUCAUGCUUUGGGCGCUGAGGGUGCUCAAACGACCCGACGUCAAAGGCUACUGCAACGAUGACCCGAGGAAGUGGCACGCCCGACAGUUUCGCUUGGAGCACCUGAUUGUCGCGACGGGGAUCGUUGCGUUUGCGAUUGGAUCGAGCACGUUGCGAAGCCAGCUUUCAGCGACGCCUUUCAAUUCGAGAUACACGACACAGUAUGUUACGGCGACCGCCCCACCGGAUCAGUUCAUCCAGUACUCGAUGAUACUUACGCAUCCCGGGACGGAAACACGGCCAAUCAUUCAUCUCUGUCAGGUGAUCCGAAGCGACAAGGAAACCGUGUUGCAGUCGUUGUCGGAGAAGUCGAUGGUGAGAGAUUUCCCUUAUCCGAUACGGCGCAGUUGCACGAAGUGCGCGACGGCAAGCUGGUUGAGAUCGAAUGCGACCUAA